AUGCGAGCAGAAAAAAUCUCAAAGCUAAAAACUGGACUGGUAGCUCAGCAGACUACAUUUGUACGGCAAACUCAGCUGAACCAAGCAUCAGUUCGGGCCAGCUUCCGUGUUGCUCAGCUGAUAGCAAGCUGUGGUAAACCUUUCACUGAAGGAGAGUUUGUCAAGAAAUGUUUGAAUGUUGUCGUGGAGGAGGUCUGUCCCGAGAAGAAAGAUGUCUUUAAUGCCGUGAGUCUGUCGGCAAGUACAAUUACCAGACGCGUUGAAGAAAUUGGGGGUAAUGUGUAUGCCCAGCUGCAGCAGAAGACUAAAGAUUUUGACUUUUUUUCAUUAGCACUGGAUGAGAGCACGGACGUGCAGGACACCGCGGAGCUUCUUAUUUUUAUUCGUGGAGUUACCACAAACUUUGAGAUGUGCGAGGAGCUGGCAGCUCUACAAAGCCUGAAAGGCACUACGACUGGGGAGGAUAUUUUCGACAAAGUAUGUCAAACCAUGCAACAGUUGGAUCUGGACUGGGCAAAGCUUGCCAGCAUCACGACUGACGGGGCCCCUAGUAUGGUGGGCGCGUCUCGGGGUUUAAUAGGACGCAUGAACCGUGAGAUGGAAGAACGGGGUCUCACCGCCCCGCUACAAGUCCACUGCCUGAUUCACCAGCAAGCACUGUGCUGCAAAGUUCUGAAGUGGGAAUCUGUCAUGAAUGUGGUUGUGUCUUGCAUAAACUUCAUCAGAGCAAACGGACUAAAACACAGGCAGUUCCAACAAUUUCUGUCUGAACUAAAGUCUGCGUACGGAGAUGUGCUGUACUACACAGAGAUCCGAUGGUUGAGCCACGGCAAAGUUUUGAGGCGCUUUUACGAGCUGCUACCUGAAAUCAACGCCUUUCUUAAGUCAAAAGGCAAAACUGUCCCAGAGCUGAUCGACACAGAAUGGAAAUGGGACCUCGCCUUUUUAACAGAUGUGACAGAAAUGCUGAACGGCCUUAACUUGCAGCUACAAGGGAAGGGGAAACUCAUUUGCGACAUGUAUUCCCACAUAAAAGCAUUUGAGGUGAAACUAGCGCUGCUUGUUGGACAAGUGCAAAAACAAGACUUCACCCAUCUCCCUGCUACUCGAAGCCUCUCAGCUGAGAAACCAGCGGUCCCGUUCCCAGGUGAAAAGUGUGUGGAAGCACUGGAAAUGCUGAAGGCGGAGUUCGGUGUACGAUUCCGUGAACUACAUGUUCAUGCAAAAGAAAUCCGUCUUUUUCAGAACCCUUUUGUUGCCGACAUCGAUGAAGCCCAGCCUUCUUAUCAGUUUGAGCUGGCCGAGUUACAGAACUGUGAUGUUCUGAAAGACGCAUUCAAGCCCAACAGUCUCAUUGACUUCUAUGCCGCCCUCCCAAACGAGACCUACCCCAACAUAAGAAAGCACGCAAUGAAGAUGUCCACA